AUGUCCAUCUCCAUCAUCAAAAGAUCGAUUUACACCUUCUUCUCUGUGAUAGCUGCAACAGAUUUCAUUAUAGCUCUCAUGAUGUGCUAUUAUCUGCAUAAGGUCAGAGAAGAUACACAAUUCUCUUCAACUUCUGCCGUCACUGUUACUCUAAUUGCAUGCUCUCUGCUCGCUCUUAUUGCAUACAUUGUGUGGCCCAAGUCUCUUAUUUUCCUUGGCAUCGAUUUUGCUCUGCCAAAAUUUUAUGUCAACUCCCUGCUUGCUAUGCUUAAUUACUGGCCUAAAUGCCCAUCGACCCAAUUUGUUGCAGAGCGUUCAAAACACUCAAUUCCUACCAUCGUUAGGAUCACACUGCACACUUCAGAAGGUGAUACCCAAGAAACAUCUUUCCUGCAGGAUAUUGGCAUCCCACUCUCUGAGAUUUGGGUUAGUCACUCAUUCAAUCAUAAGUCGGCCCAUUCAGACCCAGGGGGACCUCUCAAUUACGAAGUCCAAGAGUGA